UGAACCGGGAUGGCCGAGAGAACCUCUGCCGGGCUGCUGACCGUGACUCUGGAGCCCACGCCGGCUGUCGCUAUGACCCUGCCGGCGGAGGUCCGAGCCAAGUUGGCCGAGUUGGAGUUGGAGCUGUCUGAAGGGGACAUCACUCAGAAGGGCUAUGAGAAGAAAAGAAGCAAACUGCUGGCACCAUACAUCCCACAGAUACAAGGUGUCGAUCCCGCUCUGCAAAUAGACAGCCGGAUCCAAGCCUCCUCCCAGGCUGUUCUGUCCGCAUCCAAACACAACAAAUCUCGGGCAGCCAACACGAGGGAUGAACGCUUUCGCUCUGAUCUGCACACAGAAGCCGUCCAAGCAGCUUUGGCCAAAUACAAAGAAAGGAAGAUGCCCAUGCCGUCCAAGAGACGAUCCGUACUAAUCCAGUCCUCUGUUGAGGCAUGCACUCCGCCAGACACCUCCUCUGCGUCGGAAGACGAGGGCUCGCUGCGGCGAAAGGGACGUCUGACCAACUCCACUCCCAUUCAGAGCCACAGCCACCCGACAGUGGAGCACUGGUUUAACCGGGUCAUCCAGGGUUCGUCCACCUCAUCUUCUGCUUCGUCCACCUCGUCCCAUCCGGGAGGGAGGUCUGUCACCGCCAGCACCAACGCUAACAGCACCACCCUCAACGCCAACACCAAAGCUACUGCGUUGGCUGAUCUUAUGUCACACACCCAUCUUGAUAACCACGUAGCUCCCCCAGACGUGACGGGCCUCUCGGAGCGCUCCUCGCUUCAUGCGGAGCAGUCCCACAUUGCCUCAGUGCGAGGCGGGUCCCGUGGCUACAACCACCACACCAACAUCAUGGAGACAGCAGAUGGUGUUCCAGUCAACAGCCGCGUCUCCUCCAAAAUCCAGCAGCUGCUCAACACGCUGAAAAGACCGAAGCGACCGCCUUUGCGAGAAUUUUUUGUGGAUGACUUUGAGGAGCUCAUGGACGUCCAGCAACCCAACCCAAACCAGCCAAAGCCAGAAGGCCAGUUGACGUGUCCCCUCGAGGGAGAGCCUCUCGGUGUGGUCACGAACUGGCCUGCCUCACUGACAGCAGCGUUGCAACGAUGGGGAACCACCCAGCCCAAGAGCCCUUGUCUGACGGCGCUUGAUAACGCCGGCAAGCCUGUUUACACUCUCACCUAUGGCAAACUCUGGACCCGCAGUCAGAAACUGGCAUACACACUUCUCAACAAGCUGAGCACCAGGAAUGAACCUUUGCUUGUGCCUGGCGAUAGAGUCGCCCUUGUAUUUCCCAACAACGACCCCGUAAUGUUCAUGGUGGCGUUCUAUGGCUGUCUGCUGGCAGAGCUGGUGCCUGUACCCAUUGAAGUGCCGCUGACCAGAAAGGAUGCUGGAAGUCAACAAAUUGGCUUCUUGCUUGGCAGCUGUGGCGUGACGUUGGCUCUUACCACCGACGCCUGUCAGAAAGGUUUACCCAAAGCACAAACUGGAGAGGUAGCCACAUUCAAAGGCUGGCCCCGCCUGCUCUGGUUUGUGACUGAUGGGAAGCAUGUUGCGAAGCCUCCCAAAGACUGGCAUCCUCCCGUACGCGAAGCAAGCAAUGACAUAGCCUACAUAGAGUAUAAAACCAGCAAGGAGGGAAGCACCAUGGGGAUCACAGUGAGCCAUUCAGCCAUGCUGGCUCACUGUCAGGCUCUCACACAAGCCUGCGGUUACACUGAAGCUGAGACCAUAACCAAUGUGCUGGACUUCAAGAGAGAAGCGGGUUUAUGGCAUGGGGUUCUCACUAGCGUCAUGAAUCGGAUGCAUGUGAUCAGCAUUCCUUACUCCUUAAUGAAAGUCAACCCUCUCUCGUGGAUACAGAAAGUACACGUAUACAAAGCGCGGGUGGCCGUGGUGAAGUCGAGGGACAUGCACUGGUCUCUGCUGGCUCAAAGAGACCAGCGAGACAUCAGCUUGAGCUCUCUGCGCAUGCUGAUUGUAGCCGACGGAGCCAACCCGUGGUCAAUAUCUUCCUGCGAUGCCUUUCUCAACGUGUUCCAGGCACGUGGGCUGCGACCCGAGGUGAUCUGUCCAUGUGCCAGUUCUUCAGAAGCCAUGACUGUCGCCAUCCGGAGACCUCCAGAGACGGGCGUCCCAUCACCGGGCAAGGCGGUGUUGUCUAUGGGUGGGCUGAGCCACAGCGUAAUCCGCGUGGACACUGAGGAGAAGCUCUCUGUCCUCACUGUGCAGGAUGUGGGACAGGUCAUGCCCGGAGCUUUGGUAUGUGUGGUGCGAGCGGAGGGGACGCCGUACCUCUGUCAGACAGACGAGGUGGGAGAAAUCUGCGUGAGCUCAAGAUGCACGGGCGCGGCUUAUUACGGCCUUCAGGGCAUGACCAAGAACAUAUUUGAGACCACACCAGUCACGUCAACUGGAAUUCCAGUCAGUGAUCGAACCUUCACCAGGACCUCUCUGCUGGGUUUUGUGGGACCAGACAGCCUCGUGUUCGUCGUAGGGAAGAUGGAUGGCUUGAUGGUGGUCAGUGGGCGGAGGCACAACGCUGACGACGUUGUUGCCACGGCUCUCGCGGUGGAGCCCAUGAAGUUUGUUUACAGGGGAAGGAUAGCUGUGUUUUCUGUGUCGGUGCUACACGACGAGAGGAUUGUCGUGGUGGCGGAGCAGAGACCGGAUGCCUCUGAGGAAGACAGUUUCCAGUGGAUGAGCCGCGUCCUUCAGGCCAUCGACAGCAUCCACCAAGUGGGUGUUUACUGCUUGGCCCUGGUGCCUGCCAACACGCUUCCCAAGGCCCCCCUCGGUGGCAUUCACAUAUCAGAGACCAAACAGCGCUUCUUGGAGGGUGCAUUGCACCCUUGCAAUGUCUUAAUGUGCCCUCACACGUGCGUCACCAACCUCCCCAAGCCGAGGCAAAAGCAGCCGGAGGUCGGGCCCGCUUCUAUGAUCGUAGGCAACCUGGUGGCAGGGAAGAGGAUCGCGCAGGCCUGUGGGAGAGACGUGACCCAGUUGGAAGACAAUGAGCAGUUCCUCUACAUUCAAGAUGUGCUACAGUGGCGAGCGCAGGCCACUCCAGACCAUCAGCUGUUCCUUGUUCUCAAUGCCAAGGGCACGGUGGCCAGUGCAGCGUCUUGUCUUCAGCUCCACAAGCGGGCCGAGCGCGUGGCUGCAGCUUUGAUGGCACGUCUCAACACCGGGGACCAUGUUGCCCUUGUCUACAUGCCAGGUAUCGACCUGAUUGCCACCUUCUAUGGCUGCUUGUAUGCUGGCUGUGUCCCGGUGACGGUCAGACCUCCACACCCGCAGAACUUGGCCACCACCCUUCCCACCGUCAAGAUGAUUGUUGAGGUCAGUAAGUCAGUGUGUAUCCUGACCACUCAAGCAAUAAUGAAGCUGCUGAAAUCCAAAGAGGCUGCUGCUGCAGUGGACAUCAAGAGUUGGCCGAUGGUGCUGGACACAGAUGACCUCCCCAGGAAGAAAAGCCCUCAGAUUUACAAACCCCCAACUCCGGAGAUGUUAGCCUACCUUGACUUUAGCGUUUCCACCACAGGCAUCCUGGCAGGAGUCAAGAUGUCCCACGCGGCCACUGGUGCCUUGUGUCGCUCCAUCAAGCUACAGUGUGAGCUCUACCCUUCUCGCCAGAUCGCCAUCUGCCUGGACCCGUACUGCGGCCUGGGCUUCGCGCUCUGGUGCCUGUGCAGUGUGUACUCUGGCCACCAGUCCAUCCUGGUUCCCCCUCUGGAGCUGGAAAGCAACGUGUGUGUAUGGCUGGCUGCCGUCAGCCAGUACAAAGUUCGUGUCACCUUCUGCUCCUACUCAGUCAUGGAAAUGUGCACCAAAGGCCUGGGCUCGCAGACGGAAGCGCUACGGCUGCGGAACGUCAACCUAUCGUGUGUGCGCACGUGCAUGGUGGUGGCGGAGGAGCGUCCUCGCAUAGCGCUAACGCAGUCUUUCUCCAAGAUCUUCAAGGACCUGGGGCUUUCGGCGCGUGCCGUGAGCACCACCUUCGGCUGCAGGGUGAACGUGGCCAUCUGUUUGCAGCCCAACAGGUUAGGGAAACUGGUCGAGCAGGGCACAGCGGGACCGGACCCCACAACGGUUUAUGUGGACAUGAGGGCUCUGCGACAUGACAGGGUUCGCCUGGUGGAAAGAGGAUCCCCGCACAGUUUGCCCCUGAUGGAGUCCGGCAAGAUCCUUCCUGGAGUCAAGGUGAUUAUUGCCAACACGGAGACAAAAGGGCCCUUGGGAGAUUCUCAUCUUGGAGAGGUGUGGGUGAGUAGUCCUCAUAAUGCGACGGGCUACUACACCGUCUACGGAGAAGAAGCGUUGCACGCGGACCACUUUAACACCAAGCUCAGCUUCGGGGACACGCACACGGUGUGGGCAAGGACGGGCUACCUGGGCUUCCUGCGCCGCACCGAACUGACAGAUGCCAGCGGAGAGCGCCAUGAUGCCCUCUAUGUGGUGGGCUCGGUGGACGAGACCCUCGAGCUUCGGGGAAUGAGAUACCACCCGAUUGACAUCGAGACCUCUGUCAUCCGUUCCCAUAAGAGCAUAGCUGAAUGCGCCGUGUUCACCUGGACCAACCUGCUCGUAGUGGUGGUGGAACUGGAAGGCUCGGAGCAAGAGGCCCUGGAUCUGGUGGCCCUGGUCACCAACGUGGUGCUGGAGGAGCACUACCUCAUUGUGGGCGUGGUGGUGGUGGUCGACCCCGGCGUCAUCCCCAUCAACUCCAGAGGGGAGAAGCAACGCAUGCACCUGCGAGACGGCUUCCUGGCCGACCAACUGGACCCCAUAUAUGUGGCGUACAACAUGUGAGGGGCACAGCAUUGGGACGUCGCGGCCAUCCCCCGCCGUUCAUGUGCCGCAGCGUUUUGUUUGCCGCGGACCAGCGGCGACACCGGUCGCGCUGCCGUUUUUUGACAGGGACUCUGUUGUGAUGUCCCCAACCAUCACCGUUGCAUGUGUUGCAUUAAUUAACAGGACAGUGGCAACAGAGUUGUAGGGGAGUUUGUAGCUUGAGCCACCAGGUGCAGUGGAUACCAUAAGUCCACCCCUCCCCCCCGUUAAAUGUCAGGCUUUGGUGUGAAAAGAAAAAAAAUUACUUUCCACAAUUAACGUGACGUAACCUUUACAACGCAAUUGAAAAAGAAUAAAUCUAUCAGACAAAUUGACAGUAUUUGCCCAAAAUACCUGCAGCUCGUUCAGUAUUGCUCAUGGUCGCUUGGCAUCUUGCCUGAUCAGUUUUCCUCUCAUCUUUUCAUACCUUGUGAAGGGAUGUACCAUUCUUGGCCACGCCGCUUGUUGGUCCAUCUUUUCUCCAUUCGAUGACGAUGUUGUUGUAAGGUAUAUUUAAUGCCUGGAAAAUUGUUUUGUACACAUCCCUUGAGAGACGUGAUAAGACUCAGCUGAUGCUAAGGACCGUGGCGAUAAGAUGUGAUUACAGAAAUGUCAGGAAAGGCCUGGAACAGCGGAGCUUUUUUUCACAUUUUAAUUGAUUUGUACAAAUAAGUCACAUUUUAUGGUGGUGAAAAAAGGUUUUGAAAAUAUUUAUUUUGGUUUCAUUUUUUAAUUUUCACAAACACAUGGCAUUUGAACAGGGGUAUGGAGACUUUAUAUCUACUGUAGGUUCGAUUGUACUCUGCAAGUAGAAAUGGGCAUUUUGACUAACCAAGAACGUUUUUUUUUUUUAAUUUAAUUUUUUUUAAUAAUUGGUAUAGGAAAAUAUGUCUUGCAAUGUUCUGCUCCUGUUAGGAUGCCAGUUUUUAGCAGAAUAAUGGAGCCUGGAAGAGUUGCGCCGUCGUCCAGGUCUGUGUCAAAAUAGCCCAACUGCUCUUUUCUCUUCUUUAGGACACAAACUAAUUGAGAUUGUGUCCACAGUGUCCACAGCGCCCCUGCAGGUUGCAGUCAAGCGGUGCACUCCCAUUUUUGCUUCAGGAUACAUGGAUUGUUUUUCCCAUCCUUUUGAGAGAUGUUGUGGUUCCACUCAACUUAUCAUAUAGUUUUGUGCGUUCCCUUUUAUUUGUAAACCCAAUGCAAUAUGACUGAUGUAAAGAAAAUGUGGCUUUGGAAUUAUGUGGUGACCAUGCCUUAAGUGUCUUUUCUACCCCCCGGCUCUGCUUGGAUUUCAUGUAGUGCACUUUGGCAGCUGUCAGAUAGAGAGGAAGUACAGGGAGUCUUUGGAUUUACGAUGGAUUCACAUUCCUGGAGGUUGAGGGGGAGGGGCACGACAUGACUUGAAUGUGUCAUUUUUUUAACUUAAUUUUUAUCCUACGCUAAUGCAUCAGUAAGUCAUAAUUGCAGUCAACAAGUAACAGAAAAGAAUCGGCUGCUCGUCUGAUUGUUAGCUUAUCUGAUUACUACACUGCAGCGGUAAACACUCCGUAAUUUUGAAUUUGGGGAAUGUCUUUGUAGUAUUUGAGCUCCAACUUAUUUCAGUCAUUAUCAUUGGUUAAUAAGUGCCGCAUGUUGACAACAGAGUCUGAGGCUAGGCCCAACUCUGUGUUGACCUCACCCGUAAGGAUUUGCCAUCGUAAAUAUUAAGCAUGGUUAACUUACCUUUGUCAGCCCCAACCGUAUUUUGAGCAGAUGGAGGAAGAAAAAGUACUCGUAACACACCCACACCACAGUAUAAUCUUGCUGGAUAAUCAGACCUAUCUGACCACCCUAUAUCAAUUAUUCCUCACUGGUAUUGGGCCGCGGAUAGCAAUUUCAAUAUAAAGGAUUCAAGCGCAGCCGAUGUUGGACCGUCGCAAAACGAGGGCACCCUGAAAAGAACUUUUUUCCCUAUUGCGCCCACAGUCUAACAAAUGAACAUAAUUGAUCUUCGAACAGCUAUUGCAAACAAAGCACUCAUGUAGUCACUACGCACAAAAAGUUCUAUUGGCUUUUGGGUAAAAUGAAAGGACGAACCUGAAAUGUGCGAUGACCUUACAGGUGAACUGUCCCACUGAUUAACGGUUUAGUACUUUUUACACAACUUGUUCUCUAUCAAGGAGCUGAAAAUUUGCAAGGGUGUCCAUUUGUGUACGCCUUUCUGUGACCUUACCGGUCUCUUGUGUUGCCACCGCGUGAGAACACCCUGUUUGAAGUUGUUGGUGGUGUUUUCUUGGUCUCACAGUGU